GCGGGGCGACGCACGCGUAGUGCGCGGGCCCUGGAGGGCGGAGUCCAGGAGGUGCCGGCCAAGGGAGGGGGCGCGGCGACGGUGAAGUCCGGCGCUCCCGCAGGCCGUGGAGGCGAUGCUGGCUGCUGCGGAGCAGGCAGCUGGGCGGACGGGGAUGUGACGGGACUGUCCUUCGCCUCUCUCCUACCCUCGGGCCGGCAGGUCGCUGGGCGACCCGCAGCCGGGCCGCGGCCGAGGAGGCAGCGCGACCUCCGCACGGUAACCUUAGAGGCCAGAGGGUGUUAGACCCCUUGGAGCUGGAGUUGUGGGAGGAUGUGAGCUGCCUGGUGUGGAUUCUGGAAUACUGAACUUGGGACAACUGUAGAAGCAAUUCUGUCAAGUUUUAAGAACCGAUGCACCUUAUAGCCCAUGGAAGAAAAAACACAAAUCAAGACAUUUUUGGGUUCCAAGCUGCCGAAAUAUGGAAUGAAAUCUGUGAGAAGUACUUUGCAGCCAAUGUCAAAUGGGGCCACCGUGACUUUAUUAGGAACCUCCAAGAGUAGUAAUGUCAAAAGUUAUAUAAAAAAUAAUGGCUCUGAUUGUUCAUUGUCUCAUUCAUUUAAUUGGAGAAAAACAAAUAAAUAUCAACUUGGUUCACAAAAUACAGCAGAACUUAAUAAUAUCCAAAUUACACACGAUAAACUAAUUGAUACUGAACAGCAUGCUCCUGCUCCAGGAACGCUGGAUGGGAAUGGGAUAGAGGGAGGUUUGAACAGUACGUCCUUGUUCACAUCCAAGCUAGCAAGACCGUCAGCCAUGUUUGUGUCAUCGGCAGAGGAGUUAAGUCAAAAGUCUUUUUCUGGACCAUCUAAUCUGGGUAAAUUUACCAAAGGCACAUUACUAGGAAGGACUUCAUAUUCUUCGGUCAGUGCAAAGUCACAUUUGAAUACGUUUUAUGGGAACCGACCCCCUGGUAACAUGCAGAAGCCAAGAAUGAACUCCUGUGCCAGCCGAAGUAGUUCUGGAGAAAGCUUAGCACAGUCCCCAGACAAUGCUAAAUCUAUUACUUGUGAAAAAAUGGUAAGGUCACAGAGUUUUUCACACUCCAUUCAGAAUGCCUUCCUUCCGCCUUCCUCUAUAACGAGAUCACAUUCCUUCAACAGAGCUGUAGACCUUACAAAGCCUUAUCAGAACCAACAGCUACCCGUUCGAGUGCCUCUCCGGUCAGGUAUGUUAACAAGAAGUGCUCGGCAGUCAGAAGUACUCAAUGGGAAUGAACACUUGGGGUUUGGUUUUAAUAGGCCUUAUGCUGCUGGUGGAAAGAAACUGGCUUUAUCAAGUGGCCCAGGGGUGUCGUCCACUCUGGUUUACAGGAUGGGCCAUCCCUCUCUUCUGAAGUCUAGCCGACCUCCAUUCUCUGGGUCUAUGACAGUUGAUAGUAAUAAAAACCCAUCUGCUGACAUGUGCGUAGAGGAAGAAGGUGUGGUUUCGGCAAAGGACAGCUCUACUGGCAAGGACCAAGAACUAAUUGAAAAUGAAAGUUACCGAAGAGACAAUGAUCAGACUAUGAAGCACGAUUCUAAAAUUAGGUACCUAAGUGAUGAUGUGGAUGAUAUUUCCUUGUCGUCUUUGUCAUCUUCUGAUAAGAAUGAUUUAAGUGAAGAUUUCAGUGAUGACUUUAUCGACUUAGAGGACUCCAACAGAACUAGAAUAACUCCAGAGGACAUUACUCUCAAAGAAGAAAAGCAUGAGAACGGACCAUCAAAGGAUGUAUUUGAUUCUCCUAAGGAAAGUGAACAGAUCUUCAGUAAAGCUGAUGAGUGGAUAGAUAUAAGUGUCUCUGACAGGAGUGAAUGUACAAAGCAUAUGUCUGGCAACAACUUGAUUUCACCCGAUACGGAUUACAGAGCUGGGUCUUCAUUUGAACUCUCUCCAUCCGAUAGCUCUGAUGGGACGUACAUGUGGGAUGAAGAGGGCCUGGAACCCAUUGGAAGUGUCCAUCCUGUUGGCAGCUAUGAGUCCUCGGAAAUGAACAGCAUAGAUAUUCUGAAUAAUCUUGAAUCGUGUGACCUUGAGGAUGAUGACCUUAUGUUGGAUGUGGAUUUGCCGGAGGAUGCACCUCUUGAAAAUGUGGACUGUGACAAUAUGAACCGCUUUGACCGAACAGACAGAAAUGUCCGACAGUCGCAGGACGGAUUUUGGAAAAGGCCAUCGCAGAGGUGGAGUGGACAGGACCAUUACCACCUUAGCCAUCCUGAUCACUAUCAUCACCAUGGAAAAAGUGACUUGAGCAGAGGCUCUCCUUAUAGAGAAUCUCCUUUGGGUCAUUUUGAAAGCUAUGGAGGGACCCCCUUUUUCCAGGCUCAGAAGAUGUUUGUAGAUGUUCCAGAUAACACAGUGAUCCUGGAUGAGAUGACGCUCCGGCACAUGGUCCAGGAUUGCACAGCUGUCAAAACGCAGUUGCUGAAACUCAAGCGGCUCUUACACCAGCAUGACGGAAGUGGAUCAUUACAUGAUGUUCAGCUAUCAUUGCCAUCCAGUCCAGAGCCUGAGGACGGCGAUCAGAUAUAUACGAAUGAAGAUUUACUAAAUGAAAUAAAACAACUUAAAGAAGAAUUAAAGAAAAAAGAUGAAAAAAUCCAACUAUUAGAGCAUCAGCUUGCAACCCGCUGUAACUGCCACCAGAAAUCUAAAGAGGACAGGUGUGCAUAUGCUGAUAAAUUCACGCAGACACCCUGGAGGAGAUCUCCUCCUCAAGUACUACAGCCUCCCAGCAGCCUUCCCAGAUCUACAGACCACGCCCAGGGAAAAUUAAUAAAGUCACAACGUAUCGAGGCCCACAGUGAAUCUGCAGUCCAAGGCAUGUGUCCGGGCGGUGCACGUCCAGAUGGGAGCUUUACACGUGGCUCGCAACAAGACAGCCAUGGUUUGGAAGACCGUCCUUUUUCGUCAAGCCCACAGUUCACAGUGGAUGUGGUGAAGGACAAACCUUCUGAAACGAACCUGAGCAUGACUCUGAAUGCUCAAGAGCCUUAUCAUUUGGCAGAGAAAAAAACCAGUGAUGCGCAGUUUGUAACUCCUCCUCGGACACCUUCCCAGUCAAGUAUAGUGGACCAGACUAAGAGGGGUGGAAGAAACCAAUGUCCUCAGCCCAAGUCCUUGCAGCUUUUAAAGCCAUCCAACUUGAGUUCUUUGACACCUCCUCCAGAUUCUGAUUCAUCGCCAGGUAGAACUUCCACAUGUAAGAAGGCACCAGGAGUCACACCUUCCAAUUCAAAACAUCAGCCAACACCUAAUCCUAACAAUGUCGCAAAUCAUUUGAAUCUGAAAACAUCCAAACUCCGUCCCCCUUCAGGCUCUUUCAAGCAAAAACAAACAAGCAGUCCCCAAGCAGAGCCUCAGAACUUCCAGGCCAAGACAAGCAUCCCGAGGCCCUUAGCUCGGCCAAAAGAACUGCAUGCCCCACACAGCAGUUUGCAUUCUGGGGAUUGUGUGGCCUCUAAUCGAUAUUCUCGUCUUCCUAAACCAAAGAUCCAUUAAGUGCAUAGCCAUCACCUGCCAGUUUGUCCUGUGAAAACAGUCUGCUCUCUAAUAGCUUUAUGUGCAGCUUAUUUCUAUGUUGGAGGUUCCAUUUCAGCAAAUCUUAACAUUAAAAUGCAGAAGCUUCUACUAGUUUGGCUCCUCCAUUUUAUAUCCUGGUUGAGUUACGUACCGUUUGCACAGGCUUGUCUCAGGUAAACACAAGUUUACUUCUCCAUCCCAGAGGCCAAGUCCCUCCUCAUGGAAAUACUCCAUUUUUCAGGCAAGAUGUGCACUUUGCUGGUUUAGUGCUGUUGUGGGACAUAAUGACAGGUUAUCAGAAUCUCGCCCCCCAUGCUUAUUCUAACUCUUGUCAAUAUGGCUGCUAUUUUAACUAGAGAUCCAUAGUGGUGAUGGAAGGUCGUUGUCUGCGAGCAGGGUCCUGGCCAGCUUUUGUAUAUUUAUGAGGUCUAUGCAAACGGUCCCCAGUGAGGAAAGGUCAGGCUCCUAGUGGGGGAGUCUUACCAGUUUUAUCUUUCCUUUCAUAAUCUAGUCCUACUGUUUCUCCAUUUGUCAGACAAAUUCCUACGCUGACGGUUAUCAUUUUAUGUAAACCAGUUCUGUGCUGCUGUAACAUCUCGUUUUUCACACACAUUUACUCUUUGCUUACAUUGCUACUGGGAACAUUUGGAGAGCUUGGGAGGCCGAUGAUACAUCAGUUGUAACCUCUGUUGGUGCUAGAGUUUCGUGCUGCAAUUGAGUUUUGAAUCUUAGUAACUUAUGGAUCCAUCGUAUCACUUUUAAGUUUCCAUAGCAUACAUUGAAAAUUUAAAAUUAAGUCUUUAUUAUAAUAUUUGUAUUUAUUGACUUUUUCUUAAUGUCUGAAGACUGGAAUAAUGGACUUGAAAUAUUUGCACAAGAUUUUGGUGGGAUAUAAAAGAGGGUUUAAAAAAGCUUAUUUUCUAUAAAAAAUGAGUUAAAACACUUUAAGAAAAAUAUAUAAAUUUAAGACUAUCAUAAUAAGUCACUUUUCUGGGUUUCCUAAGUUUCUCUUUUCUGUUGCUGUAAGGUUGAAUGACAGGUUCUUGAAAAGUAGAUUUUGGGGGAAAGAUUACGUUGUAGGUAGGAAAGAAUACUUUGUGGAGAGAUUGCUCCAGAUGUCCUGUUGAAGGCAGCUGCGGGCCUUCAGGUGACUGUACAGGAGCCCAGCUGUGCUGCUGGCCACUUCUCAAGCAGCUGAGUGAAUUUACCUCAUGUGUGCCCAAAUCAUGCCAUCCUCAGGCUGGUCAUCGUUUGUUCAAUUCACAUUAAGAUUUCUCCGAAAGAUAACCUUACAGGAUCAGUAUCUUACUAGCUGACCAAAACGUAUCAAAAGGAAUUCUGGCCCAAACAAUUGAAUAUCUAUCUACGGCUUCCUUUUUAAAUGAACCUAGGUUACAAAGAGAAACAUGAUAUCAAAUGCAUUCGUGGAAAGUUGCAAAGCCACAUUUGCUGCCCUUUGGGGGCAGUCUUCCCUUAAAUGUCAGAGCCCCUGAAGUGAAUUUACUCUUUGGAGAUGCACACCUUUUUCCAGCUUGGGAAGGGGAGCAUAGUCUCCCACUGCAGCACCUCAGUCAGAGGAAGCUUAGGACUUGCUGCACAUGGGUAGGUGGUCUUGAGCCAUCGCUGCUGUGGGCAGAAGCACUGACUGUUCCGGAAGUGAGCCAGGUUGGACCCAGGUGUUGGUGGGCACAUCCGCUUCCUUCAUGGAGAAUGAAGACUAAUGUCAUGGAUUGCACAUCAGCUACAAUCAUAGUCUAGUCCUCGCAGUAGAACAUACUAAUGUAUUAGGUUUUUUAAAUUCGAGACUUGUAUAGGCUUUAUGGAAUACGUCCACAAAUUGGUUUAUCCUUAAAGGAAAGUUUGAAUUUUUAAAUUUAUUUAUAACUCUCUCAUCUGAGGGAAAUGUCCUUGUUGUCUGUUAUAUUAAAGUGUUGACUCUAGUAAUAGCUUUAAUCUCUGACCCACUUUAAUUUUUUUCUCCCUGAUAAAUUUAUACAAGUAUUUAUCCACCAGAUCACCCUCUCUAUACCUUUGCUGGGCCUUAGUCUUGAUAGAACAUAGGCAGACUUAUCAAUAUAUUUUGUUUUCCUUGAGAAUAGAGCCUCACAUAAAGCCAGGCUGGCUUCUGACUCACUCUGCAGCCAAAGAUCACCUUGGAUUUUCCAUCUCCUGCCCCCAUCUCCACAGAGCUGAGAUCACAGGCAUGCAGCACCACACCCAGUUCUGUGUGGCACUGGAGACUGGAUCUAGGGCUCCACGUGUGCUAGGCAAGCACUCUGCCAAGUGAGCGACAUUCCCAGCCCUCAUCACUAUGCCUUUGAAGCACAGCGUGUGCUUCAAAUACACCACCCAGAGACCAUAUCUAGGAUGCACUCACGAGCAGCUAUUGGCCUGCAGUUUUCUGGAAAAGCUGCAAGAACACCAUCUUGUCUGCUCCUAGUAACGCUAAGUCCAAAUGAGGGCCCAGCGCUGCUGAAUAAGCAGAGGUCAUUUUCUCGAUGUGGCUCAUUCUCUUGGUUGUGUCUGUGAACCAACCGAACUCUGCCAACUUCUGCAGGAACACAGUUCACUUACUCUGUUCUGUCAGUGAGGACAGUGGGAGUAGUGGAUUCUAAGGCCCAAGGGUGAGGUUGGUUAACUUUCCCAUGUAUGAAAGAGAAAAGAAUAUACAGAAUUAUUUACUUGGCUUUUUAACAGGAUGUAUUUCAGGAAAAAAAAUUGAAGCUGUUUUUGUGAGCUGGAGUUUUGCUGUGUAGCCUUGAGUUUGUUCAAAGAAAGCUUUGUCUAAGGUGUUUAUUGCACAGGGACAGGCGAUGUCAAGACAUCCAACAAAGGAUUAUAGAGUCAUAUCAUUUGGAAGAUUUCUAAACACUGAGACUAUCUACCUGCUAUUUUUCUUAUGGGUCUCGUUUUUUAUUUGUGCAGUAUUUUCAGUCAUAUCUGCUACUGUUCGUUGUAUUUAUAUAGACGUUAGGGAACUUACUAAACAUUUUAGUAAGCAAGAAUUUGAGAAUGAAAGGAAAUAACAGAUACGCACUUUAAAUGAGCUUAAUUGCUUGGAGUUGUGCCUGAAAUGUCAAGAUGUCUCCUCUGGGUGUGGCUUUGUUCAGUGAAAUGAAUUUCCCUGUAAUUGUUCCUGGCUGAAGGUGGCUGUACAGUCUUCACAGAACUGUAUCCCAGCAUGCCACUUUGCCCAUGAUAGCACCGAGUUUUCUUUGAAUGUCCGUCACCCCCUUAAGUAUUUUACUCAGUGUAUCAAGACAACUUUAUUCCAGUAACUGUCCCUUCCGAGGUUCUGCGCCAUAGAUGGUGUCCCAGAUGUAGGUGGCUUCCUGGUUUCCCACCAGAGUGGUCCUACCAGAUUCCCGAGGUUGCACUGGAGUCCAGUAAGACCGUAGCCCCAUUUCCACUCUCUCCAUUCUCCACAGUAGCUUCCGUGUUGCUGAGUUAGCUUUGGUAGUUAUGUCUGCAUGCGGAUGCACACAUUUGAAAAUGAAGUAUAGCCGUAAUGUAAACCCAAGGGAUUUUCCCUGGAGGUGGUCACCUGCUCUUUUCCUCAUCGUGAUGCUUGAGUUCUCUUUUCUGUUGUUGAUCUUUCCAUGGGUCCCUUUAACUUCCUGCUGCCGCAGUCUGAGAGGCUACAUUUGGACAAGUGAUUGUGAGGCUCCUAUAAUUAUGUAAUUGAUUAACGAUUGUGGCUUCAUCUUGUUGAGUAAAAGCUGCCCCUUUCUUCCUGGCAGAGCAUUGCUAUGAUGAGGAAUGCUGGCCUUGAGAACUUAGUCACGGCUGACAAAAACCAGAAACAGUAUCUGCAAUGUUCUUCUCCCUUGAUUUUACAAUCCAGUUCCAAGUACAUAAUGUAUAUUAGAAUUUGCCUGUAAAAUGAAUUAUGGAAACCAGAUGUAAAGUCUCCUGAAAGUGUUGGCAUAGUAAUUAAAAAAUAAAGUUCAUAAUUAUAAAAGCA